AUGUCGAGGGGUCUCCAGCUCUUCCUGUACGGCAGCAUCGCCCUCUCGGGCGCCGUCGAGGCACGCUUCAACCAGGAGAAUGCCGUGCAGGGUGUCAUCAGCAGCAUCGGGGGCGGCGAGGCGGCGACGUUGGCGGGCGCGUCCAUUCGUGCCCUCCUGGCCGGCGCCAACGCCUGCGAUAAGCUGACCCUCGCGGACCAGGUCGCUGCGCUGGGUGGUGAUGCCGAUGGUGCCCUCGACGCCGCCAAGCAGCUCGUCCAGGCGGAGAAAAACUUCAAUCCCUUUGCCGUCGACCGCCCCAGCGUCUGCGAUGACCCUAGUCUGCCCGCCAACGAGGGACUGCGUGGCAUCGUGCCGCUCAUUGACCCGGCUGUUGACGGUGCGGCUGCAGUCAACGACGCCAGUGCCGCCAGUCUCACCACGCCCGUGAACCAGGCGGGAAGUCAGGCUGAUCUGCUGCGGGACAUUGGCUUUGAGACGUUUACCGCGCAGAGUGGAGGUAGCGCUGCACCCCCUGCGGAUGAGGAGGCUGGCAGCGAGGCUGGCAACAAAGACAAUGCAGAAGAGGACGCAGGCAACGAGGUGAACCAGCCGCCCAUUGUUAACGCUAGCUGCCCUGCUGUGCCGCCGGCCAACAAUGACAACAUACAGGACAUUCAGAGCUUCACCGGCAGCCUGGGCAAGGCCAUUGAGCCGAUUGAGUUUUCGGGCGACGACGCGCGCCCAUUCCUCGUGGGCGGGUCGACCUUUGGCAACUUUGCCGCCGCCGCCGCUCGCUCGUGCGACCGCCAAUUCAACGGCUGCGCCAACGUGGCCAACGCGGGCGGCGCCGACUUCACCGUGGCCGACUGCAGCGCGCAAAAGGACCAGUGCACCGCGGCGCAGAGCACCGCACCCGUCCAGAGCUUUGCGCGCAGACGUAGGCGCAGCCAGCACAAGCACAAGCGCAGCCAGAACAAGCACCAUGUCAAGCUCUAG